AUGCAGCCUACUCAAAGUCCUCCGGUGGCCCCGCCGUCGGUGCCGGCCGCAGCGCCCAAGAAGACCCCGAUUGAUAUGUCUUCGCUAAAGCUCAAGAUGUCACCCAGCGUUCGAGCGACCCUGGCUGCGGCUGGUGUGCUUGGUCAGCGCCCUCGGCUGAUUGAAGCAACCGACGAGGAUGCGCUGCUUAAGCUGAAGCCGAUGAAGACAAUGGUGUCCCCCGUCAAGAUAGCUGUGGCGCCGGCUGCGACAAUGGCUCCGCCGCCGAAGGUGCGCCGCGUUGAGCGCAGCUCCAGUUCGUCGUCCUCAUCCUCGUCGUCGUCUGGUAGCUCAUCCUCGUCCUCCGAUGACGACUCCAGCAGCGAAGACAGCUCCGACUCGAACUCUUCGUCCUACUCGUCCUACGAUCGCUCUUCGUUGUCGAGUGAGUCAGGGGUGUCGAAGAAGGAGGAAUCACUCUUCGACAUCGCCCAAUCUCAAGGCCUAGUGAACAAGGAGAUUCUGAUGCAGGAAGAGGAGGUAAUCCCCACACUGGUGCCUCCGCGUCCUCCGGUGGUGCGAUCCUUCCCCAGUGACAUCGGCAAGGCUCUGGUGCGCUACCGGGAACGACUCAACCGCGAGGAGAACGUUAUCCGCAUCAAGGAUGACAACAAGGCUGUGUCGCUCGGCACGAGCAAAAUCAACUACAUUGACCCCCGCAUCGUGUGCUCGUGGGCGAAGGCGCAAGAUGUGCCGAUCAGCAAAGUCUUCUCUGCCACCAUCCUGAAGAAGUUUCCGUGGGCGAUGAGCGCCGAGAACUUCGAUUUUUGA